CAGAAAAGGUGACGAGUAUCGCGAGAGUUGAGUGCCGACUGAGCGGUGAACGUGAAGAGAGAGGGCUGGGGAGAGAGGAGAAAGAGUGGACUAAAGCUACGGCCUACAGUCUAAAGGGAGCCGUUUCCAAACAUCCAACAUGUCCUCCUGUUUUCUUCUCUGCUUGCUGUCUCUCGCCUUUUUCCAGGGCGCCGUGUGGGCCGAACAGCGGAAGCUUUCUCCAGAAAACUUGCUGGUCAUCACCGUGGCAACAGAGGAGACGGACGGCUACCUGCGCUUCAUGAGGACAGCCAGAGAGUUCAACUACACUGUGAAGGUCCUGGGUCUGGGCGAGGAGUGGAAGGGAGGCGACGUGGCUCGGACGGUGGGUGGAGGUCAGAAGGUGAGAUGGUUGAAGAAGGAGGUGCAGAAACACUCGGAAAAGACGGAGCUCGUCAUCAUGUUUGUGGACAGUUACGAUGUGAUCUUUGCAUCGGGUCCUGAGGAGCUGCUGUCCAAGUUUUCCCGUAUGGGUCACAAAGUUAUUUUCUCAGCUGAGGGUUUCUGCUGGCCUGACCAGCGCCUGGCCUCCAAAUACCCUGAGGUGCGUACUGGGAAACGCUACCUGAACUCAGGAGGGUUCAUCGGCUAUGCUCCAGAGAUCAGUGCAAUUGUCCAGCAGUGGAAGUACAAAGACAGCGAUGACGACCAACUUUUCUACACCAGGAUCUACCUGGACAAGACGCACAGGACCAAGUUUAACAUGACCCUGGAUCAUCGAUCCCGGAUCUUCCAAAACCUUAACGGAGCUGUUGAUGAGGUCGUCUUGAAAUUUGAGAGGGCAAAGGUCAGAGCAAGGAACGUCGCCUACGACACGCUUCCUGUUGUUAUCCAUGGCAACGGACCCACCAAGCUGCAGCUGAACUACCUCGGUAACUACGUCCCCACAGCAUGGACCUAUGAAACCGGCUGUGGGAUCUGCGACGAUGACGUGCUCUUCUUCAGCGAGGAUGAACAGAUGCCUCUGGUCUACGUCGCUGUUUUCAUCGAACACGCAACUCCCUUCAUGGAGGAGUUCUUGGAGCGCCUGUCCACUCUGAACUACCCAAAAACGAGGAUUCGCCUCUUCAUCCACAACAACGUCGUGUACCACGAGCGUCACAUCCAGAAGUUCUGGGAGCGUCACAGGUCUCUGUUCCCAGACGCCCGGGUUGUCGGACCAGAGGAGAACCUGAAGGAGGACGAAGCCAGAACCAUGGCUGUCGAGGUGUGUAAGAAGGAUCCAGAGUGCGACUACUACUUCAGCAUCGACUCCGAUGUGGCUUUGACGAACCCCGACAUCCUGAGGAUCCUGAUAGAGGAGAACAAGUCUGUCAUAGCACCCAUGCUGUCCAAACACGGAAAGCUGUGGAGUAACUUCUGGGGCGCUCUAAGCCCUGAAGGAUACUACUCCAGAUCUGAAGAUUACAUCGAGAUCGUCCAGGGCAAGAGGGUAGGUCUGUGGAAUGUGCCGUACAUCACUCAGGCCUACCUGAUCAAAGGCAGCAUGCUGCGGACUAAACUGUCCCAGGUGAGCCUGUAUAUGGACGAAGGGGGCAUGGACGCUGACAUGGUGUUCUGCAGGAGCAUUCGAGACCAGGGAGUCUUCAUGUAUGUGUCCAACCGUGACGAAUUUGGCCGUUUGGUGGCCUCGUCCAAUUUCAACACGUCCAGGCUCCACCCAGACAUGUGGCAGAUCUUUGACAACCCUGUGGACUGGAAGGAGAAGUAUGUCCACGAAAACUACUCCAAGAUCUUUGAAGAUGAGAAGAAGUAUGUAGAGCAGCCCUGUCCAGAUGUUUACUGGUUUCCAGCUUUCUCAGACAAAAUGUGUGACCAUAUGGUAGAAACCAUGGAAGACCAUGGCGAGUGGUCUGGUGGAACGCACAAGGAUGAGCGUCUGGCUGGCGGUUAUGAAAAUGUCCCAACUGUGGAUAUCCACAUGAACCAGAUCGGCUUUGAGAAGGAGUGGCUCAAGUUCCUCAAAGAUUAUAUUUCCCCUGUCACUGAGAAACUCUACCCUGGCUACUACCCCAGGGCUCAAGCCAUUAUGAACUUUGUGGUGCGUUACCGUCCAGAUGAGCAACCAUUAUUGCGGCCACAUCAUGACUCCUCCACCUUCACUAUCAACAUUGCCCUGAACAGGAAGGACAUUGACUACGAGGGUGGAGGUUGCAGGUUCCUGCGGUACGACUGUAAGGUGGAGUCUCCUAGGAAGGGCUGGUCCUUCAUGCACCCAGGUCGACUAACGCACUACCACGAAGGCCUGCGCGUCACCAAAGGGACCAGAUACAUCAUGGUGUCCUUUGUCGACCCCUAAACAUACAGAGCGUGUGCAUAAAAGGCUGCUGGUGUGUCUGUGUGAGCAUGAGAAGAUUAGCCAACCUCAUCAUCAUAUUCAUAAUGGAGGAAAAGACGUGAUGACCUUGAAUGCAUCAUGUUAUUAUUUCACUGUGUCCUUAUUUCAGGUGUACAUAAGAUUUGACUUAUCAUCGUUGACAUUUCAGAGUUUUCUGUUUUUACCUUAUUUUUAUUCCUAACAUUAGUGAAGCAAAUAAAAACGGGAGAUUUGUGGUCUUGAAGGCAUCGCUGUCGGACAUUUCAAAAUAAGAGUCUCAUGCUUAAAUUCAGUUGUCACCGUGCUGCCUUACGUUUUAAAUGUUAACUAAAUCUAUGCAAUCAAAACACACUCCAUGUUGUGUUUCAACAGUCAGCUGUUACACUCCAUCAAACUCUAAAAGAUUAAUGCCACCUGUUGUGCCAAGUAGAGGGUGUUACCAGUAUUAGUGAUGUGCUCGAGGGUAAAUCCACCUCAAAGACAAGUCGGCUGGAUUUGAGCAUCAAUAUUCUAGACGUGCAAAUCCUCAAUAUCAGUGAAUAUGAUACAGAGAAAAAAGAUGGGUAUAAAGAUGCUUUAAAGAAAACCAUGUGAAUUAUGUGCCAAGAAGUCUAUAUGUUUGGUAAAAGUCUGUAAAAAUAAGAUUUAAGCAAGUAGAACUCCACUUUGAGGAAUUUUUAGACUCUUAAUUUGUAAACUCUAAAGGCCUUUUAUGCAUUUCUGUUUUAUUCUUUGUCUUUUAGUCUUGUUUUUAAAAUUUAAAUUUCCUCCUUAGGUUUCCAUGGGGUAGUCAUCAUUAGGGUGUGAAGCGCUGCCUCCUCUUGCAGGAUUAUGUCUUUAUUUAAAAAAUGCUGUGAUGGUUUUGAGUCUGUUUGAGGUGCAGUGUUUCCACCCAGCCUCUGGUUUUCUUCUAUACGUGCCUGUUUAUCAAAAGUCUCUGGCUUUGUACAAACUGCAUUAAAUUAUUUGUUGAUGACUGACUGAAUAAAGUUUUGAGAUUUUAAUAAAAAAAAGAACUGUCA